AUGAAUGACCCCACUAUGUUGCAACAAAUGUCAAGCAACCCUAUGCUUUUAAACCGAGUUAUUGGUGCACAGAGUGGGGGUUUAAGAGCGGCACUUUUAGCGAAAAUGGCAGGCUAUGGUGGAGCUGCAGACGGAACAGCUUAUAACCCUCAAAGUCAAAUGAAUUUGAGUUCACUCAAAAAUCAAAUAACAGAUGUCAAAAAGUCAAACAUAGACAUACAGAAACAAAUAAGUGAAAACGAAAAGAAACUAGAAUAUGACAGACACACAAAGAAACUCAAUGAGUUAAACGUAGAGAAAAAGAAGAAAGAAGAACAACUGAAAGAACUAAGUACAGAGGAAUAUGCGAAAAAAGUGUCAGAAAAAGCAGCAGAAGUAGCAAAAAUGAAACAAGAUGUUAUAAAUUUGAAAAACCAUACUACUCAAUAUAAAGUACUGAAAGAUGAAGAGAUAAAACAAAAAGCCCUGAAGACAUAUAUGGAUAGCGAUGAGUAUAAAAAAGAAGUUGAAGCAAAUGUAAAGGCAGAAAAACUUUUACAGUUGCAAAACCAAACCGUACAGUAUGAAAACUAA